UAAAAAAUAAAAAAAUAUUCAACAUGUUCCGCUCCGUAUUAAAAAUUAAAAAUACAUUUGAACAAGAUUUUGCAGUCAAAUUUCUUUUCCGAAAUAUGGCUGGACAAGCACCACAAAAAAUGGAAGACUAUUUCAAAAAUAAAAAAAUUAUAGUCACCGGAUCUUGUGCUGGUAUGGGUGAAAAAAUCACCCAAAGGCUUUUAGACCUCGGAGCAUUUGUCUAUGCAGUAGUUGAAAAAGAAAAGGGCGCUGCUAAAGCUUUACCAAAUACAAAGCAAAUCUUUUGUGACGUUUCUGAUUGGAAAGAUACAUACAACAAAAUGUAUGAAAUUGGGCCGGUACAUGGCUUGGUCAACAAUGCCGGGGUUGCUGUAAUAGAACCAUUUUUUGAUGUUACCGAAAAUGGUUGGAAUAAGACUUUGAAUAUCAAUGCCAGAGCCUUAGUAAGAAUUAGUCAGGCAGUGGCAAAAAAUAUGAUAGAUGCCGGUAUCAAAGGAUCUAUCGUUAAUAUUUCCUCGACAAUUUCCACAAGAGCAAUACCUGAUCAUACAACAUACUGCGCAUCAAAAGGGGCUGUUAAUCAAAUAACCCGGACAAUGGCGAUCGAGUUGGGUCAAUUUGGCAUUCGUACUAAUAACGUGAAUCCAACUGUUGUAUUGACCAAAAUGGGCAAAAUUGCGUGGUCAGACCCGAAAAAAUCUGGACCAAUAAUGAAUCGAAUUCCACUGGGCAGAUUCGCAGAAACCGACGAUAUUGCAAACGCAGUGAUUUUCAUGUUAAGCGACUACUCUACAAUGGUAAACGGGACGUCUCUUGUAGUUGACGGUGGGUUCUUAGCAGGAUAGACGACUUCGCUACAAAACUAAGCUAUUAAGGAUUGUAUGUAAUUUAUACGUUAUUAUAAUAUAUAUUUAUUGCAUACGUUGUACCUACA